AUGAAUUAUCCGACAUCCUCAGAAAAGAAAAGCAUGCUGAAUGCUGACAGGGACGAGGACCUUUCAGCGUCUGCUCCAGCUUCAUCAUCUUCAUUGUUGGACCUUCCUCCAUCAUAUGACACAACCCAGUCUCAGCCAGCACCUCAACUCCAACAUGAUCAACAAUCACAACCCUCAGAAGACUUGCCCAUUCUUAUCAUCGACGACUGCAAAAUCUACUCUGCGUACGCACCAACUCGUACUCUCUAUAGACUAAGCAACCCAGUAUAUGACGCAAAUCGUACCGUCUACGGCAUCGAAAAAUUUCGCUAUCGCACAGACGACACAGGCACCGAGUCUAAACUCAAGCAUGUUGAAGAUCAUAUCUACGAUAUAAGCCGCGAGGUUCAACUUAGGGCACUGCCAACUAUACACAUCAAAGGCUUCACGAGCAGCAAGCGCACUUAUAAGAGCGUCAACAUUGUAGAUGCCACAAAAUUAGGGGGAGGUUACAAGGUUGAAGAAGACAAUGCCGACAAAGAUGAGAUACUUCGAACCGAGCGGCCCUUCAAAGAUCUUCUUAACCAAGGACGCGGCAACACUGUUGAGUGGAAGGAUGCUUCGGGACAAGUCAUUGCUAUCGAGACGAAGCUGCAGCGUGACGAGGAGAAGAACGUCGUGGAACCACCUCGUCUUGCCAUCAAAGCGGCAAUUAAUGACAAGCUGUAUGAUUUGUUGGUAACGAGUUGGUGUGCGGUUAUUUGGAGAGAGGCCAAGCAUGAUUUGAAAGAGCCUUUUACAUGGCAGAAAUGGCGACGAAUUUGCCUCGCAAAGCCCCGGGUUUAUGGCAUGGUUACGGUAUGUUUCCAUGGUGACGAUCAGUAA